GCAAAAUGGCAUUCUGUCUUGAAUGAUAGUAAAUGAAUUGAAUUUGCCCAGCAUCGAUUUGUAUGUUUUUGUUUUAAUUGUGCAGCUUUUCGAAAUCUACUUUUCUUUGAUGUGAGGCAGCUGCAAUGAGUGAUGUAGUUGAGAAGACACUAACUGCUAUUCCAAGCCUUCUGUUGUUGGAUUCGCAGCCUGGAGCUGGAAAACUUUCUCUUACUUCAAAAUUAGGAAGCCUGAUAAGGAAUAUUACUGAACUGACUUCCAAACAUGAAGAGGAAAAACUGAUUAAAAAGGAAUUGUCUGCAAUAAGGGAACAAGCGUCAUCGCCUAACACGACUCUGAGGCAGAUGAAAGAAAUUAUGGUGAGGGCAAUCUAUUGUGAAAUGUUGGGAUAUGAGGCCUCUUUCAGUUACAUUCAUGCCAUUAAAUUAGCCCAGCAGGGAAGUGUUUUGGAAAAGAGAGUUGGUUACCUUGCUGUGUCGCUAUUCCUGAAUGAAAGCCAUGACCUAUUGCUCCUGCUUGUGAACACAGUACUAAAGGAUUUGCAAAGUACAAAUCUCAUUGAGGUUUGCAUGGCUCUGACUGUGGCCAGUCAGAUUUUUCCGAAAGACAUGAUACCUGCUGUUCUUCCACUCGUUGAGGACAAGUUAACACAUUCAAAAGAGAUAAUCCGGAGGAAGGCUGUGCUCGCCCUCUACAAGUUCUAUCUUAUUGCCCCCAAUCAGGUGCAGCACAUCCAUGACAAGUUUCGGAAAGCCCUGUGUGACAAGGACCCUGGGGUAAUGACGGCCUCUUUGCACAUUUACUUGCAGAUGAUCAAGGAGAACCCAGGUGGCUUUAAAGAUCUGACGGGUAGCUUUAUAACAAUCCUCAGACAAGUGGUGGGAGGGAAGCUCCCCAUUGACUUCAAUUACCACAGUGUUCCAGCUCCCUGGCUGCAGAUUCAGCUGCUCAGGGUACUGGCAUUGCUGGGGAAGGAUGACCCGAGUGCGAGUGAAAUAAUGUACGAUGUCUUGGACGAGUCUCUGCGAAGGGCUGAAAUGAAUCAUAAUAUUACUUAUGCUAUUUUGUAUGAGUGUGUGAGGACUGUCUACACAAUCAGCCCAAAUUCAGAUUUGUUGGAAAAAGCAGCUCAGUGCAUUGGAAAGUUUGUUUUGUCACCCAAAAUUAAUCUAAAAUACCUAGGAUUGAAAGCACUUACCUAUGUAGUCCAGCAGGAUGCUAAUCUAGCCCUUCAGCAUCAGAUGACAAUCAUUGAGUGCCUGGAUCACCCUGACCCCAUUAUCAGGAGAGAGACGCUGGAGCUGCUCUAUCGGAUUACCAAUGCCCAGAAUGUGACCAUCAUUGUGGAGAAGAUGCUGGAUUUUCUGAGACAGAGUAAAGAUGAAUAUACGACCAUCGACUUGGUGGGAAAGGUGGCAGAGCUGGCUGAGAAAUAUCCUUUCCUGAGUAAUUGGUGAAUUAACCCUGACAUCGUUUUGACUUCUGUUUGUUGAGACGGUUUGGCACGUAACCUAAAUAAACAUUAAUCAGUAGCUUUCCCACCAGGCUUUGACAAUGAAGAUGAAGACAGGCAGUUGAGGCUGUAUGCAGUCGAUUCGUAUCUCUCCCUUCUCGAACAAGACAAUGUUCACUUUCCUCAACGUUUUCUUCAGGUUAUGAGCUGGGUUUUGGGAGAGUACUCCUAUUUGAAAUCGGAGACAGGGUAUGAGGUGGUGCUUAAGAAACUGGCAAGGUUGCUGGAUCAGAGUUCGGUCACCCCUGAAACCAAAAGUUGGAUUAUGGCAGCCAUUACAAAACUGUCAAGCGGCACAACAUGCACCGAAACGGCUAGCGCAGUGGCACUCAAAUACAGCACCUCCCUGGACACAGUCCUGCGGCAGUGCGCUUUCGAGCUGAGGCACCUGACUGAGGACAGAGACUUGAUGAGCCAAGUUCUGCCCCUGGAUGCCAGCUGUGAAGAUCUAGAGGUGGACACCUCACUGUCAUUUCUGGAUGGCUUUGUGUCUGAGGCCCUGGCUUCUGGUGCAGCACCUUAUAAACCUCAUCACCAGAGACAAGAGGAGCUCUCCCAGGAGAAAGCAUUGAAUUAUGAGCCUUAUUCGCUGUCCUUACCUCUGAGCCUGUCCUCCUGUAGCAUCACAGGCAGGCAGUCUCCCUCAGGCCUCUCUCUGAGCUCCGGGCUCUCGGGGAACAGUGCAGAGAUGGCACAGAAGGGAAGUUCCAGCACCCUGAAGCUGGAGGGGGUGAGGAAGGUGUGGGGUAAAGAGGGGUACCUGCCUCAGAAGGAGGCUCCAGAAGAGAGUACAUUGAAGGCUUUGUCCAAGCCCACAAGAACACCAGCUCAGUCUCCCAGCAUGGAGGGAACAACUCCACAGGAGUGCAGGAUCAAUGAGGCUACACCAGAGCAGGACCAGGAGAGGCAGCAGCUGGCUUCAUCCCUGUUUGUAGGGCUGGGAUCACACAAUUCUUUGUGCCUGGUGAGUGGACCAUCAAAAGCACUUAUUUUGGAACUUAAGAGCCCACUGGUACCUGCAGAAUUGAAGGUUUACAAAAGCUCAAGUCACCAUUUUCCAUUGCUUGUACCCCAAAGUGUCGAGAUCUUCCAGACAGAUGUGGUGAUGGAGGAGCCAUGUGCACAAGCACCUCUUACUGGUACAGUAUCUUACCACACGGAACCUGGACGAUCAUGGGAAUUGCAGUUCUCUGUGGCCUUGGUGCUAUCAGAUUUCAUCAGGCCCUUGAAAGUGUCCACAGAAGAGUAUGGGAAACUUUGGCUGUCCUGUACUCAUGAUGUGAAACAGAAUCUCAAGCUUUUGUCAGAUCAAAUCAAUUCUCUUGUAACACCACUGAAUGCAUUAAAGCAGAAACUGCAGAUUCACGUAGUUGAUAUCAUAGGUGAAGAGGGUAUAGUAGCAUGCCAGCUGGUGCCAUCUACACCAUGCCUCCUGCACUGCCGGGUCCAUGCAGGAAUGCUGGUGGUGUGGCUCAGGUCCCCAUCACCCUAUCUCCCAGACUGCAUGAUCUAUCAGUGCCAAAAAGCCAUCCAGGAAUCAUGAUUGCUGCUGUGGUUGUGACUGACCUGGAGGCCAGUUGUUCAACAUGCAUUCAAUAGUGUGUGUAAGAAACUGAGCAGACGACAGCAGGAAUUAUGGAAGAUUUCUUGUAAAGCAAGAAAAGUCCCAUGAUUGUUGCACUUGAAGUGUUUUGUGUUCUAGAAAGAAAAACUAAAGGUUAUACUGCUUUCUUUUUUCAAUUGAUUUAAUUGUAAGGAAUGGAGAUGUGCUGCAGGUCACUGAAUAUAACUACAUUGCAGCUGUCA